CUCCAGUUGGGGUGGGGAGUCCCAGCUAAGGUAGGCAGGACACAAGAGCCUGCAGCUUGCUCUCUCAUCCAACUUUUAGGGGAGUGAAGGAAAGACACUGUAUCCCAACUUUUUUCCUUUUCUUCGAUCUCCUUACAGGAGAAAUUUAACAGGCCAAGGGAGGGGCUGAGGAAGAGACCGCAGAGAUGGGAAGUGGAAUAAGUGCUGAGGACAAAGAAUCGGCCAAGAGAUCCAGGGAACUGGAAAAGAAGCUGCAGGAGGAUGCUGACAAGGAAGCCAAGACUGUCAAGCUGCUAUUGCUAGGUGCUGGUGAGUCAGGAAAGAGCACGAUCGUUAAACAGAUGAAGAUCAUUCAUCAGGAUGGCUAUUCACCAGAAGAAUGCCUGGAGUUCAAGUCUGUCAUCUAUGGGAAUGUGUUGCAGUCCAUCCUGGCUAUCAUCCGGGCCAUGCCAACACUGGGCAUUGACUAUGCAGAACCAAGUUGUACGGAUGAUGGUCGGCAGCUCAACAACCUGGCUGAUUCUACUGAGGAGGGGACCAUGCCUCCCGAGCUGGUGGAGGUCAUCAGGAAGUUGUGGAAUGAUGGUGGAGUACAAGCCUGCUUUGACAGAGCUGCAGAGUACCAGCUCAAUGACUCGGCAUCUUACUACCUGAACCAGCUGGAUCGAAUUACAGACCCUGACUACCUCCCUAAUGAACAAGAUGUGCUCCGAUCCAGAGUCAAAACCACAGGCAUCAUUGAAACCAAGUUUUCUGUCAAAGACUUGAAUUUCAGGAUGUUUGACGUGGGAGGGCAGAGAUCAGAAAGGAAGAAGUGGAUCCACUGUUUUGAAGGAGUGACCUGCAUCAUUUUCUGUGCAGCUCUCAGUGCUUAUGAUAUGGUGCUGGUGGAAGAUGAUGAAGUGAAUCGUAUGCAUGAGUCUUUGCAUCUGUUCAACAGCAUAUGUAACCACAAGUUCUUCGCGGCUACAUCCAUUGUCCUCUUUCUCAACAAGAAGGACCUCUUUGAGGAAAAAAUCAAAAAAGCCCAUCUCAGUAUUUGUUUUCCAGAGUAUGAUGGAAACAACUCCUAUGAAGAUGCGGGGAAUUAUAUCAAGAGCCAGUUCCUUGACCUCAAUAUGAGAAAAGAUGUCAAAGAAAUCUACAGUCAUAUGACCUGUGCUACUGAUACACAGAAUGUCAAAUUUGUAUUUGAUGCAGUUACAGAUAUCAUCAUCAAAGAAAACCUCAAGGAUUGUGGGCUUUUCUAAUACCAUUCCUCAGGUUAGAAUCUGAGUAAUCUCAACCAGAAAGUUAUAGGGCGAUAGGCCAUGACAUGAAGAAUGAUUCCAUUCUCUAUUGGAGACGGAGAAUGCAUGACUACGACUGUAUCUCAUGUGUUCUAAGUGGGAUAGCUGGUACAGGUUAAAGAGCACAAGGCUGGGAGUCCUAAGACCCAUGUUCCAGGUACUCAUUCUAGUUAAUACAAGAAUAUGAAUACUUCAUUUUUCUGCGUUUCAAAUCCCUCAUCUAAAAAACGAAGAUAACUUUUCUAACCUACUUCACACAGUUAUUCUGGAGCACAAACCUAACUGAAGGGAAGGCACAUAAAAGCUGUGUAGUUCAUCUCAGAAACCAAGCCUACAGAAAGGCUGCAAUUUAUUACAUUCAAAAUCUGGUUUUUAGAAUGAAUUAUCCCAAUAAACUAUCCUAAGCAUAAUGGCAAGUCUUCCCCUACAGUCUGCAAUAAACUAUUCAAAACGAGACCUCAGUAAACUUACCACUCCCUUUUUACUAAUAGAUCUCUAUGUGCCUUAUUUCACAGAUCUGUAUCACUGGAUAGGAGAUGUGAGAUGUUGGUUUCUAAGGCACACACAUCCAGAAAUCUUAUUAAGCAUAGAUUAUCUCUCUGUUCCCCAGGCUGCCAAAUACACUGAGUUUCCUUUAUCUCUAUAAAUAACUGCUUUGCUAUCGAAGACACUUUCUGACUAUACUUGGAGGACACCAACACACUCCCACUUACGAUUUUAUUGCUACCACUUUUGUAUCAUAGAAUUUAGAACAAGUGAGCAAUCUAAAAUUUUCAUGUCAACUGCUGCAUAUCUCAGAACAAAAAAGACUGCUGAGCUUGCUUUAGGCACUGAAAAUCUUUGCAGUUGGGUCCAUGAGAAGCUGGCUGCAAACAACACCCCCUCCCCAUGGAUUAAGGAGGAAAUUACUCCUUUGAACUCUUCUGAGGGGAAAUGAAGCUUGCAUUUAUCUUGACAGGAGGUGGAGAAGUCAGGUAUAGAUUUAGCAUUUACAACCACUAGUGAGGAAAGCUCUUGGCAUCCAAGGUUUAGUAUAUAAAAGAAAAGUGUCAAUUAAAAUGAAAAUCUGCUCCUUGCCAGAAACACCCAUUCACAAGUAGGCUGCUUCCAGCAAUAUGAGCUUGAAAUACAAUAAAGGAUAAAUUUGCUAUUAAAAUUGGAUUUGUUUAAUAGUCUUUCUGAUUUCCUAAAACUAAAUAAAUACAAACUUGUGAGGGGAAUUACCACAGGAACUAGUCUGGCUAUACCUACUCAUUUAAAAACUUAAGUCGCUCCAGUAUGCCAAGAAAAAUUUAAAUAUAUACCUAGGCCAAAAAAACAAACCUGGUUGGACUGGAGGUGUGGCUCAAUUGGAAGA